UCUCAGAUGAGAUUUCGCGGUUUGCGGGCUCCCUUCUAGACACGACCUUGAACCAGGGCCUCGAGCUCCUCGGAAGGGUUGUGGCGGGAAAGAAGUCGAAAUUCAAAGACGCUAGCUCGGUUUAGUUUCUGUUGUAACGACCAGUUGGUGUCUAACUUUACUCAGAACAUAAUUCUCAAGCUACAAGCCAGAAUAGAAGAUCCGUUUGAUGUAAAGAACUAACUAAAGUCAGGUUGUGUCCGUCUGUAGCUACAUCUGUUAGCAGCAACCGCUAAGUUAACAUUAGCUCAACGUUAGCUUCCUUGCUCGUAGCAUUAGCAGAGUCCAGGUUAACAGAGAGAGAGAUCGAGCUAACUGAGGACUAACAUCAACUAAAGCAGGUUGGGAGAAUGGCAACAGCGAGAAGACAGGCUAAGAAAAAACACCCAGAAGCAAAGUUAGAUAAAGUGUUUGAUUUCACAGAAGAUGAAAAGAAAGAGCUGAGCGGCUCAGAGGAUGACGUCAGAGAGCAUGAAACUCCAAUAGUGGACAAGAUGGCUAAGAAGAGACCUGCAGCUGACUUUGAAGAGGAGGGGGUCACACGUGCUAUGGGGAAUGAGGUACAGACUAUGUUGGAGAAAUUCGGAGCUGAUAUCAGCAAGGUGAUGCAGGCCAAGAAGAAGCGUCUGGAAUGUCUGACCAAGAACUACAUGAAGGGAAGCCAACACAAACUGGAGCAGCUGUGGAACAGCUAUCAUGCCCAGAGGCAGAAGAUGACUCAUCAGUACUCCCAGCAGGUGACCUCAGCGAUGCAGCAGUGGGAGGCGGAAGCCCAGCGAGCGGAGGAGCAGGAGGAGAAGCUCAACAAUAUGUUCAGACAGCAGCAGAAGAUCCUGCAGCAGGCCCGAGUGGUUCAGAACCAGAAAUUGAAGACGGUCCGAGAGCUCUACGAGCAGUUUGUUAAGAACAUGGAGGACAUGGAGAAGAGCCACGAUGCUUUCCUGCAGGGGGCCCAACAAGAGCUGAGGAAAGAGAUGGCCACCCUGCAGAAGAAGAUCCUCAUGGACACACAACAGCAGGAGAUGGCCACAGUCCGUAAAUCGCUGCAGUCCAUGCUGUUCUAGCCUGCUGUUACCACGGCGACGGAGCUAAUCCUAGUAUAAGGAUGCAUUCUUGGUUGGUGUUGCCAUGAUUACUGUAGUUGUAAUCCUGUGGCGUUGUCAUGGUUGCAAAACUGUAUUAACAGAGUUUUGUUUCCACAGCAACUCUGUUCUGUUACAGUUUGUGAUUUCAGAUCCUUUUCUACUUGUUUUAAUAGAAAUAUGAAUUGUCUGUUUUCAUAGCUGAUGUUUGUUUUAGUUCAUUGUGCUGCUUUCUUAAUUUCACGUCUGUCCACGAGAGAGAACAAGACAGCUUGUUCAAUUAGAAACAAAGAUAUCUCUUUUACAAAUGCUUUGUCUGAAUUAAUUGGUGGAAAAGUUGAGACAAAAAGUUGGUGAUCAAAAUUUCACACACUAGUCAUCUUGACCGUCUGUGAGAGAGUAAAAAAUAAACAACUCUUUUGGUACAGCCCA